CAGCUCUUUAAUUGCGGGGAUUGAAACAUCUCACUAAGGGAAAGACUGCAUGCUGUUUUCAAGGACUGUGGACAUGGUUCAAUGCCUUCAUAAUUUAUCAUUGGACAGCAAAGAAUAAUAUUUGACAUUCCAUUUCUUUAUUGAAUAUCUUGACAUACCAAACCAAAUAUAGGUGCAUUGUAAUGACAAACAUUGUAACUCACUGCAGUAAAUCACGAACAGAAUUGAACAAGGACAAGAGGAAGGAAGAAAAUAAAAUAAAAAUACAAAAAUCCGUUUAUCCAACUUUUUUAUCCUUUAUUAUUUAAUUUUUUUUUCAUUUUUAUUUUACAUUUCGAUUCAAUUAUCCCUUGAUAGUGGGAGAUAUGUAACGUUCGCAGAAGACGUGGGUCGAAUGAGCACUUCAAGAGUCCCCGCCUGGCUAAAAAUGUCUACUGUGAGAGGCGCUUUCUGAUUGGUGGAGGGGAACAGCCAAUGAGCGCUCGCCUUAGAUCCCCGUAUCGUGUGUCCUACACUUAUAACCCGGGCGAUCCCUCCCCUCCGCGACACUAGACCACUGCAAGUAAGUGCGUUACGAUCUGUUCUGUGAAUGUUAGGGAUAUUGCAUUUAGAAUUAAUUCAUUUUUUAUUUAUUUAUCUUAAAUUAAAUAAAAUAUUAAUUUGAGUCGGUAUUGAGAAACGACUGGAUACCGCUUUUAUUUGUGUGAGAAGCCACGACUGUCAUAGUGACAACAGCACGCUCUCCAGUUGGGAUUAACACAACUGAUUGCCUGGGUAUUUUAGUUUUGUACUGGACCUUAUCAGACCGGUAAGUGAUUUUUGACAAUGCUUCUGUCACAGUUUUUUGGAGCUGUUAUUAAAAAAAAAAAAAGUUCUUCAAAGUGAUUCAAUUAUCCUUAAAAAAAAAAGUGAUCCAAAACUGUGAAGAGGCCAUAAGUUUGUGCAACUUUUAAAUCAAUAAAGUAGUAUCUUCUAGAAUGCUUUAAAUUUGGAUAGGGUUAUGUAAUAUUAUACGAGAUAUCAUUUUAAGUGAAUAGUUGUUUAUUAUUUUAAAUUAAAUGGGCUGAAAUUUAAAAAAAAAAUAAGAUCGAGUUUCGAGUGGUUGUUUAUAAAGACCUUGUAGACUAACCUGCCAGAGAGGUUGCUAACCAUUGUGUCGACCGAGAUGUAGAUAUGAUUAAGGGCGGAAGUGGGACAAGAAGAGAUUGAAAUUCAAAAGGGUGACCCAUAUCAAUUAUACUGUGAGAGGGGUGGGGGUAAUGGGUGGAGGGGAUGAACUAUUCAUAGGGUUCAAUCCGAGACUGGAUCAGUCUUCCAUAGGCUGUCUGUCUUACAGAAGGGCUGUCCUAUAUCUUUUAAGCCCGCUGCAGACAGGACAAGGACAGAAUGGCGUCGAAAGGACCUGCAGGUAUGCAAGUAGGGGCUGAUGACCCCGAUCCAACCCCAUAUCUCUUCGUAUCUCUGGAACAGAAGAGAAUCGAUCAAACGAAACCAUACGACGCCAAGAAGGCUUGCUGGGUCCCCGAUGAAGCCGAAGGUUUCCUCCAGGGUGAAAUCCAAGGAACCAAGGGAGAUAUUGUCUCAGUCAAGCUCCCCGGUGGCGAAGAAAAGAACUUCAAGAAGGAACAAGUUUUCCAAGUUAAUCCCCCGAAAUUCGAGAAAGUCGAAGACAUGGCUGAUCUCACCUACUUAAACGACGCAUCUGUCCUGUAUAACCUGAAGCAGAGAUAUUAUGCCAAGCUUAUUUAUACAUACUCCGGUCUGUUUUGCGUUGCUAUCAACCCUUACAAGAGAUUCCCCGUAUACACCAUGAGGUGCGCCAAGUUGUACAGAGGUAAGAGGAGGAAUGAAGUCCCACCUCACAUCUUUGCCAUCUCUGACGGUGCUUACGUAAACAUGUUGACCAACAAAGAAAACCAGUCUAUGUUGAUUACUGGAGAGUCUGGUGCCGGAAAGACUGAAAACACGAAGAAGGUAAUUGCCUACUUCGCCACCGUUGGUGCCAGCACAAAGAAAGAAGAAGUAUCAGAAAAGAAGGGUACCCUAGAAGAUCAAGUCGUCCAAACUAACCCUGUACUAGAAGCCUUUGGUAAUGCCAAGACAGUCCGUAACGAUAACUCCUCUCGUUUCGGUAAGUUCAUCCGUAUCCACUUCGGACCAUCAGGAAAACUGGCCGGAGCUGAUAUUGAGACCUAUCUACUGGAGAAGGCUCGUGUCAUCUCCCAACAGACUCUGGAAAGAUCCUACCACAUUUUCUACCAGAUCAUGUCUGGUGCCGUAAAGGGAGUCAAGGAACAGUGCCUGCUGUCGAAUAACAUCUUGGACUAUCACUUCGUCUCUCAGGGCAAGACCACCAUUCCUGGUGUCGAUGACCGUGAAGAGUUCCUCAUCACCGAUGAAGCCUUCAACGUCUUGGGUUUCACCCAGCAAGAGAAGGAUGACAUCUACAAGAUCACUGCUGCUGUUAUGCACAUGGGUUGCAUGAAGUUCAAGCAGAGGGGUCGUGAAGAACAGGCUGAAGCCGAUGGUGUGGAAGAAGGUAUCAGGGUCGGUAAGCUCCUCGGAGUCGAUGGUGAAGAACUUUACAAGAACUUGCUGAAGCCCAGGAUCAAGGUCGGUAACGAAUUCGUCACCCAGGGUAGGAAUGUAUCUCAGGUCACAUACUCAGUUGGUGCUAUGUCCAAGGGUAUGUUUGAUCGUCUCUUCAAAUUCUUGGUCAAAAAAUGUAACGAGACCCUGGACACAAAACAGAAGAGGCAGCACUUCAUUGGUGUACUGGAUAUUGCCGGUUUUGAAAUUUUCGACUUCAACGGUUUCGAGCAACUUUGCAUCAACUUUACCAACGAGAAACUGCAACAGUUUUUCAACCACCACAUGUUUGUGUUGGAACAAGAGGAAUACACCAGGGAAGGAAUUGAGUGGGCUUUCAUCGAUUUCGGCAUGGACUUGGCCGCCUGCAUUGAGCUCAUUGAAAAGCCCAUGGGUAUCCUCUCAAUUCUUGAGGAAGAGUCUAUGUUCCCCAAGGCUACUGAUAAGACCUUUGAGGACAAACUGAACACCAACCAUCUAGGCAAAUCUCCCAACUUCCAGAAGCCCAAACCACCAAAACCAGGUUGCCAGCCCGCUCACUUCGCCAUCGGUCACUACGCUGGUGUUGUAUCGUACAACAUCACAGGAUGGUUGGAAAAGAACAAGGACCCUCUGAACGACACUGUCGUUGACCAGUACAAGAAGGGUUCCAACAAGCUGUUGUGCGAAAUCUUCGCUGAUCACCCAGGACAGUCCGGUGGUGCUACUCAGGAUGCUGGUGGCAAGGGAGCCAAGAGAACCAAAGGGUCAGCAUUCAUGACUGUUUCAGCCCUUUAUAAGGAACAAUUGAACAACUUGAUGACCACCUUGAGGAGCACACAACCCCACUUUGUCCGUUGUAUCAUUCCCAAUGAAUUGAAACAGCCAGGUGUCAUCGACUCUCACCUGGUCAUGCACCAACUGACCUGUAACGGUGUACUUGAAGGUAUCCGUAUCUGUCGUAAAGGUUUCCCCAACAGGAUGGCAUACCCCGACUUCAAGCUCCGAUACAAGAUCCUUAAUCCAGCUGCCGUUGAUAAAUUAACCGACGAGAAGGCCAUGGCUGGAGUCAUCUUGGAAUCCACAGGGCUCGAUCCCGACAUGUACAGGCUUGGCCACACCAAGGUCUUCUUCAGGGCUGGUGUCCUGGGUCAGAUGGAAGAACUUCGUGAUGAAAGGCUCAGCAGGAUCAUCUCCUGGAUGCAGUCAUACAUCCGUGGUUACCUCUGCAGAAAGGAAUUCAAGAAACUCCAAGAACAGAGACUCGCCCUCCAGAUCGUCCAGAGGAACUUGAGAAGGUACCUGAAUUUGAGAACAUGGAACUGGUGGAAGAUGUGGUCCAAAGUAAAGCCCCUGCUCAACGUAGCCAACGUAGAGGAAGAGAUGAGGAAACUGGAGGAGUUGGUCGCUCAAACCCAAGCCGCCCUCGAGAAGGAAGAGAAAGCAAGGAAGGAGGUUGAGGCCCUCAAUGCCAAGCUGCUCCAGGAGAAGACCGAGCUCUUGAGGAACCUCGAGGGAGAGAAAGGCACACUUGGAAGCCUUCAAGAAAGGUCUGCCAAGCUCCAGGCCCAGAAGGCUGACUUGGAGUCCCAGCUUAUGGACACACAAGAAAGACUUCAACAAGAAGAGGACGCAAGAAACCAACUGUUCCAGCAAAAGAAGAAACUUGAACAAGAAAACGGCAGUCUCAAGAAGGACAUUGAGGACCUAGAGCUUUCCGUCACCAAGAGCGACCAAGACAAGGCUAGUAAGGAACACCAAAUCAGAAACCUCAAUGAUGAGAUUGCCCACCAAGACGAACUCAUCAACAAACUCAACAAAGAAAAGAAGAUCCAGAGUGAACACAACCAGAAGACUGCCGAGGAACUCCAAGCCGCCGAAGACAAAAUCAACCACCUCACCAAAGUCAAAUCGAAACUUGAACAGACUUUGGAUGAACUCGAAGACUCACUCGAAAGAGAAAAGAAACUUCGUGGAGAUGUUGAGAAGGCCAAGAGGAAGACUGAAGGAGACCUCAAACUUACCCAGGAAGCUGUUGCCGAUCUUGAAAGGAACAAGAAGGAACUUGAACAGACCAUCCAGAGGAAGGACAAGGAAAUGGCUUCCCUCACUGCCAAGCUUGAAGAUGAACAAGGUAUCGUCAACAAGACUGGCAAACAGAUCAAGGAACUCCAGUCCCGAAUUGAAGAACUUGAGGAAGAAGUUGAAGCCGAGAGACAAGCCCGCGGAAAGGCCGAGAAACAACGUGCCGACCUCGCCCGCGAACUUGAAGAGCUCGGUGAGAGGUUGGAAGAAGCUGGUGGUGCUACUUCCGCCCAAAUCGAGCUCAACAAGAAGCGAGAAGCUGAGAUGAGCAAACUGAGGAGGGACUUGGAGGAAGCCAACAUCCAACACGAAAGCACCCUCGCCAAUCUCCGCAAGAAGCACAACGAUGCCGUCAGUGAAAUGGGUGACCAAAUUGACCAGCUCAACAAACUCAAGACCAAGGUUGAGAAGGAAAAAUGCCAAUACCUGUGUGAAUUGAACGAUCUUCGUGCCUCCAUCGACCAUUUGACCAACGAGAAGGCUGCCACUGAAAAGAUUGCCAAGCAACUCCAACACCAACUCAACGAAGUCCAAGGAAAACUGGAUGAAGCCAACAGGUCUCUCAACGACUUUGAUUCUGCCAAGAAGAAGUUGUCAAUUGAGAACUCAGAUCUCCUCAGACAACUUGAGGAGGCUGAGAGCCAAGUAUCUCAGUUGAGCAAGAUUAAGAUCUCCCUCACCACCCAAUUGGAAGACACUAAGAGGCUUGCUGACGAAGAGGCUAGGGAAAGAGCUACCCUUCUGGGCAAGUUCCGUAACUUGGAACACGACCUGGACAACCUCAGAGAACAGGUAGAGGAAGAAUCUGAAGCUAAGGCAGAUAUCCAGAGACAAUUAAGCAAGGCUAAUGCUGAGGCUCAACUCUGGAGGCAUAAGUACGAGAGCGAAGGUGUUGCCAGGGCUGAAGAACUCGAAGAAGCCAAGAGGAAACUACAGGCCAGGCUCGCUGAGGCUGAGGAAACUAUUGAAUCUCUUAACCAGAAAGUCAUUGCUCUUGAGAAGACCAAGCAGAGGCUCGCCACCGAAGUCGAAGAUCUUCAACUGGAGGUUGACCGUGCCAAUGCCAUUGCCAAUGCUGCCGAAAAGAAGGCCAAGGCUAUCGACAAAAUCAUUGGUGAAUGGAAACUCAAGGUUGAUGACCUUGCAGCUGAACUUGAUGCUAGCCAAAAGGAAUGCAGGAACUACUCGACUGAGCUCUUCAGGUUGAAAGGAGCAUAUGAGGAAGGACAAGAACAACUUGAAGCUGUCCGCAGGGAGAACAAAAACCUUGCUGAUGAAGUCAAGGAUCUCCUUGAUCAAAUUGGUGAGGGUGGACGCAACAUUCACGAAAUUGAGAAACAGAGGAAGAGGCUUGAAGUUGAAAAGGAUGAACUCCAAGCUGCUCUCGAAGAAGCUGAAGCCGCCCUUGAACAGGAAGAAAACAAAGUCCUCAGGGCUCAACUUGAACUCAGCCAAGUUAGGCAAGAAAUUGAUCGUCGCAUCCAGGAGAAGGAAGAAGAAUUUGAAAACACCAGGAAAAAUCACCAACGUGCCCUCGACUCUAUGCAAGCCAGUUUGGAAGCAGAAGCCAAGGGUAAGGCUGAGGCACUCCGCAUGAAGAAGAAACUGGAAGCUGACAUCAACGAACUUGAAAUCGCUCUCGAUCAUGCCAACAAGGCUAAUGCUGAAGCUCAGAAAUCCAUCAAGAAAUACCAGCAACAACUUAAGGAUGUCCAGACCGCACUCGAGGAAGAACAAAGAGCUAGGGAUGAUGCCCGAGAACAACUGGGCAUUGCCGAAAGGCGAGCCAAUGCUCUUGGAAACGAACUCGAAGAAUCAAGAACUCUACUGGAACAGGCAGACCGCGGCCGUCGCCAGGCAGAACAAGAACUUACCGAUGCUCACGAACAAAUCAACGAACUCGCAGCUCAAGCCACAAGCGCUUCUGCUGCCAAGCGCAAGCUCGAAGGAGAGUUGCAGACACUCCAUGCCGACCUCGACGAACUUCUCAACGAAGCCAAGAACUCAGAAGAGAAGGCUAAGAAGGCUAUGGUUGAUGCUGCGAGGUUAGCAGAUGAACUCAGAGCUGAACAAGACCACGCCCAGACCCAAGAGAAACUCCGAAAGGCCCUCGAGACACAGAUCAAGGAACUCCAAGUCAGACUGGACGAAGCCGAAAACAACGCCCUCAAGGGAGGCAAGAAGGCCAUUGCCAAGUUGGAACAGAGAGUCAGGGAACUCGAAAACGAGCUUGAUGGAGAACAGAGGAGACACGCUGACGCCCAGAAGAACCUCCGCAAAUCUGAGCGCAGGAUUAAGGAGCUCAGCUUCCAAUCUGAUGAAGAUAGGAAGAACCACGAACGCAUGCAAGACCUUGUAGACAAACUCCAACAGAAGAUCAAGACUUACAAGAGGCAGAUUGAAGAAGCCGAAGAAAUCGCUGCCUUGAACCUCGCCAAAUUCCGCAAAGCCCAACAGGAACUUGAAGAAGCUGAGGAGAGAGCAGACCUUGCCGAACAGGCUGUUACAAAGCUGAGAACGAAAACUGGCGGCAGAGCUGGAUCAACUGCAAGAGCCAUGAGCCCAGUGGGCCAGAAACAAAGGAGAGUACCAAUUGAUUUGGAGUAACUUACAAAUUUCAAUCGCAACCCAAUGAGGCCUCUGCUGGAUGGCUCAGCUUUUCCACCACGAUUCGACCUACACCAGGAUGACUUUUAAAUAUUAUUUAUGAUAGCUACGCAAAACAACCCAAACACAAUUAUGUAUUUAUUUUAAAAUAUGUAAUUUAAGAAUAUUGUUAAUAAUUCCAUAGCUAGUGUCCGCUAGCAUCGAAAUAAUAUUCACGAUUAGCGAACUGUACCUUAUUUCAAGAAAAUGGGAAAAAAAAGUUUUUAUGUACAGUAAGAACAUUAAAAAAACAAUAAGAAUAAAAUAUUUAUAUCGUGAAUAAUUCCAGUUGUAUUUAUUUCAUCCCAAUAAAUGAAAUAUAUAUAUAUUAAUUAAUAAAUAAUUCAUUACUG